CAAAAUGGUUAUUUGACACAACUAUUUCAUUUUCUUAUAUAUAAAUAUAUAAAUAGAAUAGUUUUCCGAUCUAACGAGUAACGCCCUGCCUCCUCAUCUGAGUUCUUCAUCUCGUACAUCUAUACGGUGCUUCAUCUCCAUUCUUCACCUCUGUUCCAUCGCCGACGUGGGUCAACGGUAAGCACUCAUCACCUUUUCAACGUGAGCAAUGGAUUUGCGCUUGGAUUUUCCUAAGCAACGACCUGCGAGAAAUCAGAGCUUUCUCAUCGCUUUUCCGGCGAUUGAUUAAGCCCAAUGGCGCUCCCUUUCUGCGUUGCUCACGAAAGGCGACCUUUGACUGAUCAAUUGAUACCGUUUUUGUUUUUUUUGAAGUUUUAGUUUACUCAGGGUUCAUGAAAAGUCAAUUUCCGUUGGUUUGAUUUUUAAUAAUUUAGAUUCACCAGUUCUCAGAUUCUUCUUGGAUUCGCUAGUUCUCAGAUUCUCUCCGACAUGGCCAGUUAUUCACCAGGUUUUGGAAAAAUCAAUCGGUGUAUGUUCAGAAUUUUUGGCCCAAAAUAUGAGACGAAACAUUUUUUUGGUGCCAAUGACCCGCUAAAGGCAUCAACUCCCAAGAUUGAUAAAGAUGGGAUGGGCUCUGCUGUUAUGAAGUCCUUCAGAGCAUUAGCGCUCUUUGGUGCUGGAGUUUCUGGGCUUAUCGGAUUUGCAACAAUUUCUUACUCAGAUGAAGCAGAGCAUGGCUUAGAGUCUCCAAGCUAUCCAUGGCCUCACAAAGGCAUUCUCAGCUCAUAUGAUCACUCUUCAAUUCGUCGAGGUCACAAGGUUUACACGGAAGUGUGUGCAUCUUGCCAUUCAAUGUCACUGGUUUCAUAUCGCGAUCUUGUUGGUGUGGCAUACACUGAGGAAGAAACAAAGGCAAUGGCUGCUGAGAUUGAAGUGAUCGAUGGCCCUAAUGAUGAAGGCGAGAUGUUCACACGUCCUGGAAAGCUCAGUGAUCGGUUUCCACAGCCUUAUGCAAACGAAGCUGCUGCAAGGUUUGCUAAUGGAGGGGCUUAUCCACCUGAUCUAAGUCUCAUUACGAAGGCCCGUCACAAUGGUCAAAAUUAUGUUUUUGCACUUCUUACCGGCUAUCGUGAUCCUCCUGCUGGUGUCUCGAUUCGUGAAGGGCUUCACUAUAACCCCUACUUCCCUGGUGGUGCAAUUGCUAUGCCUAAAAUGCUAAACGAUGGUGCUGUUGAAUAUGAAGAUGGUACUCCUGCAACAGAAGCGCAGAUGGGAAAAGAUGUUGUAUCAUUUUUGUCAUGGGCUGCUGAGCCAGAAAUGGAAGAGAGAAAACUGAUGGGGUUCAAGUGGAUAUUUGUGCUAUCACUUGCACUUCUCCAAGCAGCAUAUUACCGGCGGUUGAGGUGGUCGGUUCUCAAGUCAAGGAAGCUGGUUGUUGAUGUUGUCAAUUGAUUCUUCAAUCCCACUUUUUUCGCUAUGAACGUUUGGGGUCCAUCUUGGAGGAUAUUUUUAAAAAUAAUAAUGCUACAGUGUAACUUUCAAUUAGUUUGGCACUUUGGGUUGUAUUUCAAUUUUCAAUAGGUUAGGUGAUGGUGAUGAAGUGAAGCCAUCUCUCAAUAAUUCUUUGAUGUAUUUUGGAAAUAAGACAGCACUGAUAUACAAUCCACCGCCCCCUUUACUAGAGGCUUUUUUUUUAUAGUUUUCCUUUUUCGAAUUCUGUUUUUCACUCGCAUUUUUGGUUUCUAGUGACCUCGCGUUAUUGGCUUAUUGCUACAUUCUCAAGUUGAUGUGUUUUCCAUCAUUCC